AUGAGACAACGUUGGUAUCAUCUUCCUGUUGGUACGUGUUUCUUCUUACCUUUUCAAACCUUUCACCGUUUAUUUUGUAUAAGUUGCGCGUUGACCUAUUUAUUAUUUUGUCUUUGUCAACCAGUUAGUUCAUGUUUUCGAACAAAAUAUGGCAAAAAUGCUUUAGCUACACUCAUUACUACUCGAUUUUCUCACUAUUGUGAAACAGCGAGAUGGAUGCUCGACCUUCUACAAUAUGUAUCAGCUCGUAAAUCUAGUAGCGAACAAUCUGAAAAUUUACAUAAUGAUUCUCAUCAGUAUAUUGAAUGUCCACGCUCUAUUCUAACACGUAUGGUCACAUCUCUGUGGCACACUAGUGAAUUUUCAUCAAGUACACCAGUGUACAUAAGAUGA